AAUAAAAGGCAGGUGCACUCCACCGGCUCCUGCAUGACACUGGUCACCCUCCUGUCCCCUCCACCUGCCCUGGGACCUCCCGGUACAGCAGAGGCAUGGCCAGCCGCUCCUUCUGUGGGGCCAGGAACUUCAGCUCCCGCUCGGCAGUGGUGCCCAAGCCUGGGGCUCAUGGCUGCCUGACCACUGUGGGCUUCUGCUGGGGCAGCCCCAGGGGGCCGGCCUACAGGUGCCUCGGGGGCUUUGGCAGCCGGAGCCUGUGUGCUGCGGGGUUGCCCCGGAUCACGGUGGGCUGCAGACGGCCCCUCGGUGGCGGGGGCAGCUUUGGCUACCGAGCAGGGGGUCUUUGCGGGCCCAGCGCCCCCUGCAUCACCACCGUGUCAGUCAACGAGAGCCUCCUGACGCCCCUCAACCUGGAGAUCGACCCCAAUGCACAGUGCGUGAAACACGAGGAGAAGGAGCAGAUCAAGUGUCUCAACAACAAGUUCGCCGCCUUCAUCCACAAGGUGCGCUUCCUGGAGCAGCAGAACAAACUGCUGGAGACCAAGCUGCAGUUCGUGCAGAACCGCGACUACUACCAGGGCGGCCUGGAGCAGCUGUUUGAGGGCUACCUCCAGAUGCUGCGGCGGGAGGCGGAGUACGCAGAGGCCGACAGCGGGCGGCUGUCCUCGGAGCUCAACCACGUACAGGAGGCGCUGGAGGGCUACAAGAAGAAGUUUGAAGAUGAACUGACCUACAGGGCCACAGCUGAGAACGAGUUCGUGACACUGAAGAAGGACGUGGACGAUGCUUAUCUGCGAAAGGCGGACUUGGAGGCCAAUGUGGAGGUGCUGGAGGAAGAGAUCAACUUCCUGCGGCGCAUCUAUGAGGAGGAAAUCUUCCUGCUCCAGUCGCACAUCUCCGACACCUCGGUGGUGGUGAAGAUGGACAACAGCCGGGAGCUCAACAUGGAUGCAGCCGUGGCUGAGAUAAAGGCUCAAUACGACGAUAUUGCCAGCCGCAGCCGGGCCGAGGCCGAGUCCUGGUACCGAUCCAAGUGCGAGGAGAUGAAGGCCACAGUGACCCAGCAGGGUGAGAACCUGCGCAGAACCAAGGAUGAGCUCAGUGAAAUGAACCGCCUGAUCCAGAGGCUGACAGCCGAGGUGGAGAACGCCAAGCAGCAGAACAGCAAGCUGGAGGCGGCCGUGACGCAGUCUGAGCAGCAGGGCGAGGCGGCCCUGAGCGAUGCCCGCUGCAAGCUGGCGGGGCUGGAGGAGGCCCUGCAGAAGGCCAAGCAGGACAUGGCGUGCCUGCUCAAGGAGUACCAGGAGGUGAUGAACUCCAAGCUGGGCCUGGACAUCGAGAUCGCCACCUACCGCCGCCUGCUGGAGGGCGAGGAGCAGAGGUUGUGCGAAGGCCUGGGCCCUGUCAACAUCUGUGUGAGCCGUUCACAGGGUGGCGUGGUCUGCGGGGACCUCAUGUCCACGGUCACGUGUGGCCUCAGGGGGUUGGCCCUCAGCAGUGGUGCCCUGUGUUCCCCCUCCGUCGUGGGGGCCGGCUCUGGUGCCAAGUCUGUGCGGUUCACAUAAGAAGGGGUGGGGCUCCAGACAGAGUGGGCUUGAUGGGAGUCCCCAUGGGUGGGAGGGGAUGUCUUUCUGUCUCACAGACUCCAGGGUCAAUAACUUCUCCUUACAGGGAGUACAGCACUGGCUGUUCCAUUUCCAACUUCUUGUGAUUUAUCCUUCCAGUGCAAGCCUGGGUCUACUGAGGAGCUUGGGGGAGGGUCUCGCCAGUGUGGGCUUUGUUCUCAGUGGGAGGGGCUGCAGCUGAAGGGGCAGAAGGGAGGGUGGGUGGGCCUGGGGCUCUGGGAAGCCCCGCACUUGCUCUGAGAGCUUCUCUGUUCCUGGAGCACCCCCCCCCCCAAAGGGCUCCUACGCCAGGGCUGAAGGGUUGAGGUUACCUGGCAUGGUUGCCUGGAAGGCUGUUGUGUUUGUCUAAUUCCUGUAUGGUUCCUGCUUUGCUUUGAAGAGCUUCAUUAAAUGCUGAUAGCAAAAGGCUUUCUCCUGGUCACCAAGUUAAU